CCUCCAGCACUCUCGCCGCCCGGCUGGCAGGGGGGAGGGGCUGUGACGUUCAGUGGCCUCAUGCAGCGGAGAGGAAGUAACUAAUUGCUGACCUGAUGACUGGGCGGCCUGAGGAGUGGGGUGAUGAUGCCACUCACGGAAGCAGGCGCCCUGGCCCCAGGAGGGGGCCCCGCAGGGACAGAGUUAGUGAGGAAGGAGGGAGUGAAUGGAGGUGUCCUUUCAUCACAAGACCCCGAGGCCCAAGCAGAUGACUUGGCCAUACCCACCCUGCUGAAAGCCAGAGUAUCCAGGAGACCUGGUGAGACUUCAGCUGUCCUCAAGGACAGAAAGAGAGGGUGCUUCAGCCACGGAGAACAGCACACGCACACAAAGGCUGGACAGUGGGGUUUGGUCUGUUGCACGUCUCUAGAGAAUGGGGGAGGGGGAGGAAGGCGCCUGCGCCUCCUGUGGCAGGAGUCCAUCGUCGGCGGCCUCUGCCGCCCCCUGCGUCCCCACCCGGGCUUCCGAGAGUCUGACUCAGCCGAGUCCGCAACGCUUCACCUUCUACAAUACACCCGGAGCUUGCGGAGAAAUUACAGGAUUGCAGGGGCACGGCUAAUGCGUUCUAAUUACCCACCGCCGCUCUCAUCCGCGGCGCUCAGCAGUUCUAGGACAACGCCGUAA